AUGGAGUAUUCCUAUAAAUGAUUAGAUGAAGGAGGAAAUUUGAACCGUAGGUGCAAUUGUUGCAACGAAAAUUAUAACUUAAAAAGUAGUUCGAGUGGGUUUAAGCUAAGAGGAGAUUGAAGGGAUUGAAACAAUAAACAAUAUUAUUAGCAAUGCUUACUUAGCAUAAAUAAUUGCAUAAAAAGGAAAUGAAAAUAAAUCUGUGGCUACGAUUGCUUAUAUGGCUCGGUUACAUCUGUCAAUAUCCUUUUGAAAUGCUAGUGAGUUAAUUAAAUCACUUUUCGAUUUAUUAAAAUUCAACAAUCGUGUUCUCUUCUGUUUCCUAAUACUUCAAGACUAAGCAGUAAACUAUUAACAAAGUAUUUUGUUAUAAUAAGAGUUUUAAUAGAACCAAAAAUAAAAAGGGAAAAUAAUGUUAAAAAAUUUGGUUGACUAAUUAAGUGAAUCAAUUAAAAAUUGA